UCUUCAGUCAUCGCCUCACCUCAAUUAUCCUCUUGCCCAUCAUUUUGUUUCAGAGAGAGAGAGAUGGAAAGGUUCAAUGGUUCUAGCUCUUGUCGCUGUGUCUUUGCAGGUUUGCUCAUUCUGUUGGUAUUAUUCAUCAGUUGCAACCCAAAACCAUGCUCAGCUGCGAGAGUACUCAAUCCUGGGACGACAAACACCGAAUUCAUAAAGACGUCCUGUGACACUACAAUGUAUCCGAAGCUGUGCAUCAGCAGCCUCUCGGGCUACGCAAGCGCGAUUCAAACAGACCCAAAGUUGCUGGCCGACGCCGCCCUGAACGUUUCCCUCACAAACGCCCGCUCCACUUCAACCAUGAUGACAGAGCUAUCAAGAAGCCACGGAAUGAAGCCCAGGGAGGCUGCGGCAAUGCAAGACUGCGUCGAGACCGUCGGAGACUCGGUCGACGAGCUGCAGAGGUCUAUGGCGGAGAUGGGUCAUCUGGGGGGACCCAACUUGGCCUUUCAGAUAAGCAACAUCCAGACAUGGGUGAGCGCGGCCUUGACGAACGAGGACACAUGCAUGGACGGGUUCGCUGGCAAGGCUGUCGACGGGAGUAUCAAGACCACAGUCAGAGCCCGCAUUCUGAACCUUGCCCAGCUCACAAGCAAUGCUCUGUCCUUCAUCAACGGACUUGUCAAGACCUCACCCUAAUUCACUCAUCGCUCCUGCUCUGUUAAUUUGUUGUUAGUAAUGGUUUCGUUGGUGGAUUAGUUGUGUUUAAGUGCCUCUGCAACUGCAAUCCUGCUACCGUAGCUUCUUGCUCCUAUGAAUUGUUGUAAUUGUCCUGCUUCUUCUGAUUGUAAUUAAUUAAUUAAGUAGAAAACUAUAAUGAAGCUGUGUAUUAUAAAAUAUAAAUCGCUUCUUACUUUAGUUAAGAAAAAAGUUUGUAGUGCUGGUUGGUUCCAUUUCUGA